GGCUAAAAGUUAUUUUCAGUGCAUGCAUAGACUUUUCUAACUUGAAAACAAAAUGCAUGUCUUCAGCUAGUCUUGUCCUGAUAAUAAAGCAUACGGUUUUUCCAUCCUUACCAAAUUUAAUUUCAGGCAAGACCUGCAUACAAGUCGGAAGUUAGUUGUGAACUGCUAUUACAUAGGUCUUUCUACGUCUGGUGACUUCUAAAAAAAGCUUGGAAAACAAUGGAUGUUCUCUGGGCUUUCUUUAUCAUAAACACCAUUGUACUAGUUUUCUUCUCUGGAUUCUCACAUGGAGUAGAUAUGUUGACCUCCUCUCAGUCUCUUACUGAUGGCGGGAACCUUGUUUCCAAAGAAGGAAAGUUUCAACUGGGCUUCUUCAGUCCUGGAAGCUCAAAGAACCGUUACUUGGGAAUUUGGUACAAGAAUAUCCCAGGUCAAACUGUGGUAUGGGUAGCAAACAGGAGAAACCCGGUCAAUGACGGGUCUGGUUUGCUAAAGAUAAACAGCACAGGCAAUCUUGUACUUCUCAGUCAAAGAAAAGGUGUUGUUUGGUCAUCAAACUCGACGAAAGAAGCUCGAAAUCCAGUAGUGCAGCUCUUAGAUUCCGGAAAUCUUGUCCUCAGAGAGGCAGAACAGGAUGGUAACUCCGAAAGUUAUUUGUGGCAAAGCUUUGAUUAUCCAGCUGAUACAUUACUACCAGAGAUGAAACUUGGGUGGGACUUGAGAACUGGUCUUGAUCGACGUCUGUCAGCAUGGACAAGUUCAGAUGAUCCAUCUCCUGGCGACUUCACUACAGGGAUAGCGCUAUACAAUUACCCUGAUCCUUAUGGGUGGAAAGGUUCAAACAAAUACUUUCGGGCAGGUCCCUGGAAUGGCCUCAGGUACAGUGGUGCUCGGAAGUUAAGGCCUAGUCCAAAUUUUCAGCACAACUUUCAGUUGGUGUUUCAGUUUAACUUUGUAUGGAAUGAAGAGGAGGUGUACAACAUGUUUUACCUAAAAAAUAAAUCAGUGAUUGCGAGGUACACUUUGAACCAAACCAACUAUCAGGGUCAGCACUACAUAUGGAAUGAAGAGAAUAGCACUUGGCUGCUGUAUUUAUUCACACCUAGGGACUUCUGCGACUACUACGGACACUGCGGUGCGUAUGGUAGUUGUGAUAAUUCUGAAUCGCCACCAUGUCAAUGUUUAAAAGGUUUCAAGCCUAAGUCACCACUGUAUUGGGAUUCCUUGGACUUGACUCAAGGGUGUGAGCGCAAUAAGCCACUAAACUGCGUGAAAGGAGAUGGAUUCAUCAAAUUUGGUGGAUUGAAACUGCCAGAUACGACAAAUUCUUGGGUAAACAAAAGCAUGAAUCUCAAGGAAUGCAGGGCCAAGUGCUUACAGAACUGUUCGUGUAUGGCCUACACAAACACAGAUAUCAGGGGAGGAGGCAGUGGUUGUGCCAUUUGGUUUGGUGAUUUGAUAGAUAUUACACAGCUAAAAUCCGGUGGGCAGGAUCUAUAUAUUCGGAUGUCUGCUUCUGAAACAGGAGCCGAAGGUGAGACUAAAAUAAAGAUAGCAGUGGCAAUUGUCAUAUUCAUUGUCAUUUGUCUGCUUCUUGUCAGCUAUUACCUGUGGAGAAGACAUGCGAGGGUAAAAGGUGGAAAAGAAAAUCAUGGGGUUAAUGACAGGAGCAACGAAGGGGCAGAGAAAGACUCAGAACUCCAAUUAUUCAACCUAGCUUUAAUAGCUAAAGCCACCAAUGACUUCUCAACUGGCAACAAGCUAGGCGAAGGUGGUUUUGGGCCUGUAUAUAGGGGAACUCUGGAAGAUGGACAAGAAAUUGCUGUGAAAAGGCUUUCGAGAAGCUCAGGACAAGGGUCAAAUGAGUUCAAAAAUGAAGUAGCACUUAUAGCCAAACUUCAACAUCGGAAUCUUGUAAAGCUUCUCGGAUGCUGCAUGCAAGGAGAGGAAAGAAUGCUGGUUUAUGAAUAUAUGCCAAACAAAAGCUUGGACUUCUUCAUUUUUGAUAAAACAAGAAGCAAGCUAUUAGACUGGUCUAAGAGAUAUCAUAUUAUAUGUGGUAUUGCUCGGGGCCUUGUCUAUCUGCAUCAUGAUUCAAGGUUGAGGAUUAUACACAGAGAUCUUAAAACUAGUAACAUUCUUCUUGAUAGUGAGAUGAGCCCAAAAAUUUCAGACUUCGGCCUGGCUAGGACAUUUGGAGGAGACCAAACUGAGGGCAACACAAGCAGAGUUGUUGGAACAUAUGGUUAUAUGGCACCAGAAUACGCAUUUGAUGGGCAAUUUUCAGUCAAAUCAGAUGUUUUUAGCUUUGGAAUACUGGUGUUGGAGAUAAUAAGUGGGAUGAAAAAUAGAGGGUUCUCCCAACCUAGCCAAAGCCUUAACCUUAUUGGGCAUGCAUGGAGACUCUGGAAGGAGGGUAGGCCUUUAGACUUGAUGGAUUCAUUUUUACAAGAGUCGAGUGCUCUAUCUGAAGUAGUAAGGUGCAUCCAGAUUGGUCUGUUAUGUGUGCAAUAUUAUCCUGAGGACAGGCCAAAUAUGUCAUCGGUGGUUGUAAUGUUAGGUAGUGAGAAUGCAUUAUCUCAGCCCAAAGAACCUGGUUUUCUAAUGAACAAAAGAUCACAUGAUCAAACAGAUUCUUCGUCAAGCAUGUUUGGAUCAUCUUCUACCAAUGAUAUUACUAUCUCACAGUUGGAGGCUCGAUAGAAACCUCGUUCUGCCAUUGUCCCAUAAUUGUUGUACCUCAUAUUCUAAGUCCAUAUAAGCCUAUCUAUUUCUUGGAUCUUUUUAAUC